AUGAUGGCGCUGAGCACGGAGGACGUGAAGCGGCUCAAGUCGCGCUUCGUCCGGCCGCUCACCAUCGACGAGUUUGUCUACACCAUGACCAAAUCGCUCCACGAACACAUCCAGGACGAGCUCGAGUUUGCAAUGGCCGUCAUUGAGCUCUUUGAGACCAUUGACGUCAACGGCGACGGGUCUCUCGAGUGGGACGAAUUUGCGGGCUAUAUCAUGGACGCGGGCAUUGCCAAAGCGGAAGAGGCGAUCAGCGCGCAGUCGGCCACCAAACUCUAUACAAAACUGAGCUUCAAGGGCGAGCUCGCCAACUCGACGCAGCCGAUUACGGCCGAGCGCACGUACAUUGCGCAGCUUUUGUACCUCGCGGCCAAGAGCGCCGUCGCGUACUUUGAAGUGCACGCGGACGUGGUACAUUUGUAUGUGGUCGCCCACGAGCGCGACGCCGAGCCUCGCUUUGCCUCGACGAUUCGCCUCCACACGGCGUACCAAGCCCAUAAGGUGCUCGCGAUCGAGGAAGUGCCGACGCGAUCGAUGCUCGUCGUGUCGUCUGUGCUCCAGCAACACGGUACGAUCACGCUGUGGGACAUUGGCCGCAUUUACGGUCCCGUGCCGCUGCAGCGCGUCGAAACACCAGCGCCGCACGAGCUGCUCCUCUGGGUUCCGUCGGCCCAGCUUCUCUUGACGGCAACUGGCCACAUGAGCAAGCACCAGCACCGAAAGCCCCCAAGUCCGCUCAUCGCAGCAUACGACAUUGCAGCGCUGGCGUCCGUGGACAUGGAGGUCGACGUCAAGGGUGUGAGUGCGCUCUGCGUCGUCAAGCGCAGCACGCGCACGGCUGUGGCCUUUGGCAGCUUUAGUGGUCUCAUCACACUCCACGACCUCUCGCGCGAACACGCUGAUGUGGUGCUCGAGGCCCAUGAAAAAGGCGUCAAGGCUGUUGUUCACUCGUCCAAGUUUGCCUACCUCGCAAGCAUUGGGUUUUACUCGUUUGCAGAAGAAAGCACGAUGGAGAUCUUGAUCUGGAACGUGGACAACGGCGUCCUUGGGACGGCGUUGCGUGGGCACCAUGCAGCGCUAUGUGCCAUCACCGCCGUCGACUCGGAGAGCCACCUCCUCUCGUCCGAUGAGCUUGGCACCUGUCGCGUGUGGUCUGCCACGUCAUGGGACUGUCUACAGGUUGUGCGACAUAUAGUACAUUCUUUUGGCAUGUAUAAACAUCUACAUUCACAGCUCGUGAUGCCUGCCACAGCCCACGCCGACGCUGUCCUCCUCUGCGGCGGCAAGUGCGUCGAGUACUUUGACUGCUCGAUUACCCGCGACCGAGAAGAGUUUAUCUUUAUGGCCUUCAACGCGACGCUCAACCUCAUUACUGCCGCGACGUAUCACCGCCUGAUUCUCUGGGACGUUGGUACGGGCAAAGCCACCAAAGUAUACAACCUCCAAGUCAUUUACAACGAACGACCCGUGCGCGGAAUCACAGCCGUGUGUAUGGACGACCGCGAGCGCAAGCUAAUUGUCGGCGAUGACGCGGGCCAAAUUCUCGUCGUCAACAUGGUCAACGGCAACCUCAUGAAGGAGCUCGACCCGCACGCCCUCGCGAUCACGUCCAUAUCGUACGCGGCCAAAGCCAAGUGUGUCGUCUCGACCGCCAUGGACUCGAGCAUCCAUAUCUGCGAUGAGAACAACGCCCACGGGUAUUAUGUACCGUACGCUGGCGCGCCGCUCUCGGUGCUGUUGCGCUCAAUUCACCUCGAGGCGCCGCCACCAGCAUGCACCGUGCUUCUCUCCCAGCGCUCUCGUCCAUCGUCGGCAACGGACCUUCGACCGCGCAGCAAUAGCGGGCUGCCAUCAAGCAACCUCCAUGGCGCGCAGCUCUCGAUCGACAUUGUGACAAGCCAAGUGAGCGAAGCAUGGGAUCUCAUCGCGACGAUGGCGCAUGUCUCGGGCGCGCUUGGCGAGUGCUAUCUGCAGCUGUGGGACUUCUACUCGCCGCAACUGGUCGGGUCGUGCGUGCCUCCGCGCGUGCACUGCGGCGAGAUCAUGUGCAUCGCCUUCCUCGGCGCGCACCCCGGGCUUCUCGCGGGUUUUUCCAACGGCGACGUCUUUCUCUGGGGCGUUCGGCGGUCUGCUGCGCCGUCCCAAUGCCUCUUUGAGUUCAAGCACACGGCCAAAGGCAGCCCCAUCACGUGCCUUCAUGUUGUCGUGACGCCCGGUGCCAAGCCGGACUACUGGGUCAUUGGCGGCGACGAAGCGGGCCGCGUGACGCGGUGGACGCUCACACACGACAUGUGCGCGCGUGCGCUCCUUCCCAAGGACGCAUUGCCGCCCGAGACCAACGACGAGCCCAACGGAGCGGGCGGUCGGAGUGCUGAAGCCACGGUCGGGCGGCACACGCACAGCGAGGUGGUCUGGGAUGCGAUCCAUAAAAGCGUCAAAGCGGCCAAGUCGAUCCAGCAAAACAGCCCACCACCGACGUGCGUCUACCACGACGUGCAGUGGUCGACGGGACCGAGCGCGGUCGCCAAGCUCUCGUCGGUUCCGUGCGUCAAGGGCGGAACGUCGCUUCUCUCGUGCUCGGUUGCGGGCCAGGUCAAGGCGUGGACGAGCGACGGCGACCCGGAAGGCACGCUCGACUAUUUUGCGACACGCCGCGAACCAGUCGUCGAGCCGUGGACCGUGCCCGUGGACACGUCGUGCCGGCGCCGCGUCAAGGAAGCCCAGGCGCGCGAACUCUGCAGCAAAGUGCACCAGCUCAGCCUCGCGAUGCGCGAUCCCCGGCGCGAGGUGACGCCGCUGCCGACGCCGCAGAUGAGUUUAAGCACGAAAUCACCGCUCGGGAGCCCGAGUUUCAAGCUCACGCCGCGCACGUGCGCGCGCUUCAAGAGCUUGUCGCAGCUCGUGACGCGAAAAGGCCAAGCCAAAGACGAUGACACGGCCGCGAGCGCGCCGUUGGAUGUGGUCUUGCACGAACUCGGGCAUUUGGACGACGUCAACCGGCGCGCAACCGUCCGCAAGAAGCGGGAAAUCAAGACCGUCGAAGGGAUACUCGAGCUCCAGCGCGCCGCAUCGCUGACGCAGCUACCGUCACAGACGACGCGACUGCCGCAGCACCGGGCCCAACGCGGCCUUCUCAAGCGAACGCUCCCCAAGCUCAACACGUCGGCGGUGUCAACGACAGCAACGUCGCCGCCGCUCGAGACCGUCCUCUCGUAUCACAUGAAGCUGGCGCACUCGUGGCAGCAAUAAGAUGCUUUCUUAUCGUCUU